UUCGGUAACUGUAAUGGGUUUCUUAGCCAUAACUUUGUCGCCAAGGAUUUUCCAGAGACUCAAUCAGGUUUAGAUCAGGACCUUGGGCCGGCCAUUUCAUUAUUUCAAUGUUUUCAGCUUCAAGGAACUGCUUUACCUGUUUUGCAGGUAGUGCAGAUCCUUGGUGACAAAUUUCCCUACAAACUGAUUUCCAAGAAGAUUGACUUGCCUGAAUAUCAAGGGGAACCAGAUGACAUUUCUAUACAUAAAUGUCAAGAAGCAGCAAGGCAGGUGGAUGGGCCAGUGCUGGUGGAGGACACCUGUCUGUGCUUCAGGGCACUAGGUGGACUACCAGGACCUUACAUAAAAUGGUUCUUGGAUAAACUGAAGCCAGAGGGAUUGUGUAAAUUGCUAGCAGGUUUUGAGGAUAAAUCUGCCUGGGCUCUGUGUACAUUUGCUUUCUGUGCUGGAAAAGACAAGCCAGUUCAGCUGUUCAGAGGAAUAACCGAGAUGUACUGUAUAUAA